AUGCCUGAUUUUUUACAUCCAAUGGUUAGAACACAAUCCGAUUGUAAAAUUGUCAAGAAUAAUGAUCUAACUAAUAAUUAUUUAGUAAACGAUACUGCAAAUACAAUUCAAGUUCAAUUUUCAUGCGGAGUUUCUAACGAAACAAUUUGUAAUAAUGCAAAGUUAGGAUUUGAUAGAGCAGUAAAAAUUUUUCCGACAUUUUUAGUAUUGAAGGCACCCAUAAUUUUAAAAGCUGUAUUUGGUGACUUAUGUCCAACUUGCAGUGCCGGUCCUUCUAGAUUUAUUCCAUUAAAUGAUACUGAUAAUAUUACUCGUCUUUAUCCUCAAGCACUUGUAAAACAAUUAAACUUACCUGAGGCACCUGAGUUUUUAAGUGUUGAUAUUAUUGCAGGAUUUAGUACAAGAGCAAAUUUUUGGUUUGAAGGAGAUCCACCAAUCGGAGCAACUCAAGUAGACUUUGUAUUGGUGGUAAUGCAUGAAAUUAUUCACGGUUUAGGACUUGUUCAUACAUGGAGAGAUCAUUUUAGUCUGUCUGCUUUAUCGCCAAUCCCAGUUGUCAUAAAUAACACUCAAUCAUUCAAACUGCUUGGAUUCGUUGAAACAGUAUUUGAUAAAAACAUGAUACUGCUACAACAAGGUUCACCAACGAAUGUUACAAGCAUGAGCAACCUCACUGUGGAGCUCAAUAAGUUUUCCGGGAUCAAUAAAACUUAUCCUAGCUAUCUAGAAUUUGUAACUGAAUGGACAAAUUCAAGCCAAUACCAGAUAACCAAAGAUAUAUUUACGGCCGCAACCACACCUCAAGACGUAGCAUUUUUAUCACACACUAAUACACAAAUUAUGUUAGAAACUGCGAUACCUUAUACUCCUGGUUCAACGUUAGGACAUUUAAGUGCCAUAAGUUUUAAUAAAACUGCAGAUUUGAUUAUGUUAUGGAGAGCAAUUCGUGGUGCCACUGUAGAAUCAUUGAGCCAAUUUAACGGUGGAUAUCAAGGAGGUCCAAUAGGUCCAAAUAUAAAAUUGCUAUUGGAAACGUUGGGGUAUACACUUCAGGAAGGUACACUCUCGCAGUCAACUGUAACAGAUAAACCACAAACAGUUCCAAACAAUACAGACAUUAGCAAUAUUUCAAUUUCGUCUAAAAUUUCGCAGAAUCGCAUAGAUUACAUACAUAAUAAUAACAUAGCAGUAUAG